AUGGCAGAAACAACUCCGAGGAAAAAAGUGUCUGACAAUAUCAUAGAUUCAUGCCGUUGUUGUAACUCAGUAACAGACCCACACCGCCGUUUAGGCUUGUUCGGAAGGAAGUCUUUAAAUGAAGGCUUAGUUGCUGCUAUUAAGCAACUCUCUGGCAUCGUAGUAUCGGAAGAGGACAUGUUAUCUAAUUUCAUUUGUCGCACCUGCGCUAAUUCUAUUCCAAACCUUUCCAAAAGGGUGACCCAGUUUAGGAAUAAAUGUACGGAUACUGAGAAAAAACAAAGAGAGAAAAUUGCAUCUACACGCGAAAAGCGCGGACGAAAGAAUAAUCCAGAAGAGGUUGAACAGUCACCUCGACAGCCAGCAAAAAAAGCAUUGAUCGAAAAGCGUGUUGCUCGGUCUUCAGAAGAAGGCUUUAGAAGAAUCGCCCCUAAACCAAGACAACGAUUAUUUGCAGUCCCUUCACCAUCAACGAGUACUUUCGACGUUCAACCACCAUUGCAACACCACUCCACACACCACCCUGCAGAACCACCUCUUACCGAAGAUCUUGCGAUUAUCUCAAAAAGCGGUCUAUUGGGGAUUAAGGUAUAGAUAAAAAUAUUCAACAUAAUUAGAGCUAGAACAAUACAGACAUAAUAUAUUCACAUGUAAGUAUAUUAUAUUAAUUACUCAAAUUUAAUGCUUUGCUGUGUAACACGCGUUAUGAAAUUUCUGUCCAUAAUAGGAAAAUGAAAAAACAACGACAUUAACAUCAUCCCAGAAAAAGAAAUUAAUGGAUGAAAUUAUAAAAGGCUCUCCAACCUAUCUGGCAAAAACCGUUAUGGCAAUACCGCAAGUCAAGAAUUGCGUGUUUGAACUCUUAUUAAAGAAUAUCAACGUACAAUGCCAAAAGCUUUGCACAAGAUCCAACGAAAAUUCAUCUGUGCUGCGUGUGAGCCGGAAAAGUCACAAAAGCAUCAACACAUUUCACUGGAUUGAUGUUUUAAAAGAAAUGAGAGAAAGGGCGCCUGACGUACUCGAUGUAUUAGUAACGAUUGCUAUUGCGAAAAUAAAGAAAGACGGCUCUCAAGUGACUCCGUUAUGUGUGGCACUGGGUAUUCUGAUGAAUGUCAGAUUCAAGGAGUUGUCGUUGGUGCAAAAACUUACGUCAGUUACUCUUGGUUCAGGUGGAGCAACAAAGAAG